GUAUUUUUAAAUUUCAAUUAGUGUCCUCCAUCUUUAAUUUUCAUGAUUUUUUAAAUGACAACUGCGCAAGAACAACACUCGUAAACACAUAAAAUAAGAUUCACAACGGGUUUUAGCAUUCUUUAGUAUAUGAAAAAUUGAAACAAUGAAUACGAAAUCUUGAGAUUUAGCUAAAAUAUGAGAUUAUCAUUUUGGCAAGUACUCAAAUUUGAUUGGUUGGCUUCAGAUAUCUAAGACUUCCGGUUUAGGCAGAUUGAAAGUUUAUUUGUGAAAAUGAGUUUAUUUCUUAAAAAUGCACUGUCUUAUGGGGUUAAUAAAUAUCUUAAACAGUUGCCUGUAAUAGCGUUUACACCUCAAAAAAGAUAUGCAAGUUCGGGAUCCAAUGACUUGAAGAAAACAGUUUUAUAUGACCUGCAUGUGGAGCUUGGUGGCAAGAUGGUAGAUUUUGCUGGUUGGCUGAUGCCUGUUCAGUACAAGAACAUGGGCAUAGGACCUUCAACUAACCACACAAGAACGCAAUGCAGCCUUUUUGAUGUGUCACAUAUGCUACAAACAAAAAUACAUGGUAAAGAUAGAGUGAAAUUCAUGGAAAGUCUAACAGUUGCUGAUGUUGCUGGGUUAGCUGAGAAUAGUGGGACUCUUUCUGUGUUCACCAAUGACAACGGUGGAAUAGAAGAUGACUUGAUCAUCAACAACAUUGCUGAUCAUUUAUAUGUUGUCUCAAAUGCUGGUUGCUCUGAUAAAGAUCUGGCAAAUAUGCAGGCUCAAGAAAGCAAGUUUAAAUCUCAAGGCUUGGAUGUCUCAGUAGAAGUUCUCCGUUAUGGAUUAAUAGCACUUCAAGGUCCAGCUAUGCAGAAACUUCUUCAAACAGGUGUUAACUUCAACUUGACUGAUCUGCCCUUUAUGACUACAACUGAAGCAUCAGUGUUUGGUAUUCCUGGCUGCAGAGUCAGUAGAUGUGGCUACACAGGGGAGGAUGGUGUCGAGAUAUCAGUACCAUCAGAAUAUACAGAGGACCUGGCCAGAAAACUGCUUCAACUUGAUGGCUGUGAGGGUGCAGGAUUGGGGGCCAGAGAUGCACUUCGACUUGAGGCAGGAUUAUGUCUCUAUGGCAAUGACAUAGAUGAGUCUACAACACCCGUUGAAGCAAUGCUCACAUGGACUAUAGGAAAAAGGCGCAAGGAAGAAGGAGGAUUCCCAGGUGCAGAUGUAAUACUUGCUCAACUAAAGGAUGCUAAAUCUGUGACUAGGAAGAGAAGAGGUUUCAUCAGUUCUGGCCCACCAGCAAGAGGGGGAACCAAGAUAUAUGAUGCAUCAGGCGAGAAGGAGAUUGGGGUCCUCACCAGUGGUGUUCCCUCGCCAACUCUUAAACAGAACGUUAGCAUGGGUUAUAUAUCCUCUACAGCAGCUAAGUUUGGCACUGACGUUAAAUUUGGAAUAAGAAAUAAACUCUACGACGCUAAGGUUACUAAAAUGCCAUUUGUACCCACAAACUAUUACAUUCCCAAAAAGUGAGUAUUUUAACAAUGCACACUCAGCAAUAAUAGUGGUACAACGAUAAUGGUAAUACAACGAUAAAUACAUGCAUGGUAAUGGAAUAUACAGUAGAGAGGUAAGUUAACCAUGUGAGAUUAUACCCAUGAUAGGAAUGUACUUGCAUAAAUUAAACGAUAUUAAAAUGAUCAGAUGCUCAUGUAUAAUGGAAACGAAACUUAUAUGAGGGAAAUGGUGCCAAAUAUUUGAACAGAUUAUAUAUUCUGUACAGUAUUAAUAUAUAUACCAGGACUGUAUAGCCAGCUUUUGACAACUUUGGCCAAAAAUCA